UAUUGCUCUAAUUAUUUAUGUUAUAUAUAAAUAAAAUAUAAUUCUCUAAGCCCGCCCGCCUCUCGUUCUCUAAUUACACAGAGACUCAGUGAGCGAGGAGGGGUCAACAACAUCCGGAAAACCCCUCUCUGCACUGAAAUUGAAUUACACAAACACCUCUUCUGUUCGCCUCUUAACAAUCAAAUAUGAGCUCACUUGUGCAGGGGUUCACUAAGUCCCUCGCCAUGACUGUGCUAUCUGAGAUCGGCGACAAGACCUUUUUCGCCGCUGCGAUCUUGGCAAUGCGUCAUCCAAGAAGACUUGUUUUGUCAGGUUGCCUAGCAGCUUUGAUUGUGAUGACUAUCCUUUCUGCUGUUGUUGGCUGGGCUGCACCAAAUCUGCUCUCUCGCACGUGGACUCAUCACAUAACAACAUUACUAUUUUUUGGAUUUGGAAUUUGGUCCUUGUGGGAUGGUUUUACUGACAAAGGGGAGGCUGAGGAAUUGGCUGAAGUUGAAGCAAAAUUGGAUGCUGAUUGGAAAGCUAACAAAGGAACAACCAAAGACGGUGCCAAGGCUGAUGAUGAAUUGAAGAAGCAGAGACGGCCAUUUCUCUCUCAGUUCUUCUCGCCUAUACUCCUGAAGGCCUUUUCCAUCACGUUCUUUGGUGAAUGGGGUGACAAGAGCCAGAUAGCUACCAUUGGUCUGGCUGCAGAUGAAAACCCAUUCGGUGUUGUUCUUGGUGGAAUUGUAGGCCAAGCAUUGUGUACGACUGCUGCUGUUGUUGGUGGAAAGAGCUUGGCAUCUCAGAUAUCUGAGAAAAUAGUUGCCUUGUCAGGUGGAGUUCUCUUUAUAAUUUUUGGGAUCCAAUCUUUCCUGUCAACUGUUGAGUGAUGAGGCUCCUAAAUUUGGCAAUGGAGUUGAAAGCUGGUUGGGUGGGAUGGAAAAAGUUGAGACAUUGAGAAUAUUGCCAUGGGCCAAGUCCACAGCAUUAUGAUUAUUUAUGAGAGCAAUUGUAUGAUCACUAAGGAACUAAAUCAAAGAUUUGAUUGACGAGAUCAAGCAAAAUAUUAGUACUAUUUGCACAUGUGGCAUGGCUGUUGAUUUGUUGCUCUUACAUCUGUUCUGAUGUAAGACAAUAAAAUUAGGACUUUAUAGGAUCUUAAAAUUUCACUUGAUGAAUUUGAGGCACUUUUAAUUUUUUUUCCUUAUAAUUUUCUUAUUCGCAAUGUUACUAUAAAGUUUGUAAUCAGAAGCUUCUUUAUUCAA